AAUACUUUCCUAUAGACGAAUGUAUGAAUGUAUGUAGAUGCAUAUGUAUAUAAUAAAGUUAAAAAGCCUUCACUACUUUAACCACAACAAUAACAAAAACAACAGCAAAAGUAAUAGCGCAACUUUUUCAUACUAAAUGUAUGCCCGCCGUUCUCCACACAGCUCGAUCGUGGAAUCUCGAUCGUCGUAUGCCUCCGUCGCUGUAUGUACGCUUAUUGUUGGUGCUGUUGAGCCAGCAAGCCAGCAAGUCAGUAAAGCCAAUACGUAUUACCUACUAGGUAGAAAGUAUAACAGCCAAUGGCAAUUUGCCUUAGUUGGAAAGUGCCAUAAACGUUGGAAAAAAAUCACACUUCAUUAAUGUAGAAUGUUGGUGUGUUCAAGGUCGCAAUUGUUGGAUCACUUCUUUUCAUCAAUGUUAAUGAUGAUGAUUGCUAAAUCACGGAGAGAGCUACAAACACAAGUACACACGUAUACAAAUACACGUGCGCACUUAUAUAGUGUCAGAGAGAGAGAUAUGUAUGCAAGAAAUUUCCAUACAUUCAGUUUUGAAAUGUCAGCAUCAAGUGAAGGGUUCAAGUGGUAGAGAGUUAAAAAUAGAAAGGCUAGGAAAUAACGUAAAAAAAGUGAAAAAAUCUUAGUGAAUGUACGAAUACUGGUUUUGAUUGUGCAAAUAAAUUUCCUAGAAUGCUGAUGUUGCAGUACAGCAAGCAUGGAGAGUGUAUACUCAAAGAAAUUGGAGCCGCAUUCCGUGGAGAACACCCAGCCGAUCUGACGAUAGUUUGUGAAAACAGAGUCAAACUCCAUGCACAUAAACUUGUAUUAGCUGCUGCAAGCCCACUCAUAAGAACUCUCUUGGAGGACACGCAACUUUCCGACUGCGCGACCACAGUUUAUUUCCCAGAUGUAAAUGCUACAUACUUCAAAUUCCUUUUGGAUUUUCUAUAUUCCGGACAAACUUGCAUAACAUCCCGAGAUGUUAACUAUUUGCAUGAUCUUCUGUUGUUGUUGCAAAUAAAAUCCGACAAUUGGAAGACCACGGACUCAGCAAUUCUAAGUAGUAAAUGUAGUAAUUUGCGUGAUCGAUUGAAUAGCGAUUCAAAUGGAAAUGGUAGACAACAUAUGUAUUGUUCAACAAAACUAGAGCAUUCCUAUAGCCCUGAUUUAGAAGGUAGUGAUGAUUUAAAAAAAUGCUCGGAUGGUUCCAAGGAUUCAGAUACCGUUAAGGAAGAUCCGGGCAGCCCUAAGUGUUCAUUAGAAGAUAAUAUACAAAAAGAUUUAAAGGAGAGUAGUCCGUCGACCAGUGAGCAAGAGGCAUAUUCAGAUGCGCAGCUCAAUACAACCAAUAAGAAUAUACCUUCUCUAAAUCCUGUUAAUUUAUCGCUUGGUUUACGAAGUAAACCUGAAUUUAGUACAAGAAAAUUAUUAUAUACGGACAAAAACAUUUUCAAUACGGAUAGUUCAUCGUUUAAUGGCACCGAAAGUAUAAAACGUAAAGGAUUUUUCUUCGAUUCCGAUAAAGAGGUUCCAAAAUCACUACAAGAUCCCGACUUGAAUAAUUCACCGGAAAACUAUGUUGUAACGCCACAUCGAAAACGAAGACCGGGCUUUCAUCAUUCCUCCAGUCAUAAUCAACCGUUCGCUUCGUCAUAUCAACAUACAUUAAUUGAUGAAUUACGAUCCGCGAAAACAGCAUCUUCACCCAUAUCAUCGUACAUGUCCGACCGAAAACUGCUAUCUCCACUUGAAGAAGGCCUAUUAGGCAACACCGAAGCACUGGCGAAAAAUCGUAAACCUAUUGAAAAUCAAAGACCCAGACCGCAAAGUCCUGACGCCGCACUACAUAUCUCACCACAAUUUGCUUACCAAUGGCAAUCGACACAAAAUCCUGCCAUAUCCACCUUCUCAAAUCUGCAGUCUGGUCUCAGUAGCAUACCACAGAUAGGAGUAGGCGGUGGAGGUGGCGGUGGUACGGUUGAAACAAGUAGUCGUGAUACACCAGGAAGUGUUCGAGAUCCCCCUUCAAAUAAUGCGAAUAUAUGUGGCACACACAAUACAGCUCGGGAAUAUCGUUGCGAAUACUGUGGCAAACAAUUUGGCAUGUCAUGGAAUUUGAAAACGCAUUUAAGAGUACAUACGGGUGAGAAACCAUUUGCUUGCCGCUUGUGUGUUGCUAUGUUUAAACAAAAGGCCCAUCUAUUGAAACAUUUGUGUUCGGUUCAUCGAAAUGUUAUAACGACGACAAAUGGUGCUGAAACCGAAAAUCGAUUCAGUUGCUGUUUUUGUUCAAUGUAUUUCGAAUCAGUACAAGAGUUAGUGAGGCAUUUAUCGGGACACCACAAUAAUUUGCUGCUAACAAAAAAUUUACGCGAAUAAUAAAAUAAAGAAUGCAAGCAAAGCUUAAAUUAUUUUUAAUAAAAUUACAUGCAUACAUACCUACAUACUUAUUACAUACACACACACAUACACACACACACAAAACACAUAUACAUACACACACGCAUACUUACAAAAGUAUAAUUGUACUUUGAAGACGGAAAGUGACCUGAAUUUUUACUUUGUUUGCAGAAUAUUUCUCAUUGUCAGAACCUGCAAUAUUUUUAUACCCUUGGGACAUAUGUAUAAUAAUUCCAAUUCUCUUUUAUAUACGUUUUUUUCAUCACAAUGAGUAUUUGUAAAUUUUCAUUCAACUUUAUAAAUAAUAAAAUAAAUUUUGAUGUGAAAACGUCUUGUA